UGCCUCUGUUUUUAUCUUUGUCUUUUGCUACAGAAAUGUAAACACAGCAAUGGAGUGAGAUGUGGGACCUCUGAGGAGGAUAAGGAUGGUUCAGCAACAACAGCAAAAAGAGAUGAAUCACUGAGUUGUGUGCAAUGUGGCAAGACUUUUGUCACAGCAACAAAGCUAAGAAUUCACAAAUGUAUUCACACUGUGGAGAAACCAUUCAGCUGUGAUCAAUGUGGAAAGGCUUUUACUCACAAGAGUGAUCGAGCAGAACAUCAACUCAUUCACAGUGGAGUUAAACCAUUCAACUGUGAUCAAUGUGGAAAGGCUUUUACUCACAAGAGUACUCUAGCAAAACAUGAACUCAUCCACAGUGGAGUUAAACCAUUCAACUGUGAUCAGUGUGGAAAGGCUUUUACUCACAAGAGUCACUUAAAAAGUCAUCAACUCAAUCACAGUGGAGUUAAGCCAUUCAACUGUGAUCAGUGUGGAAAGGCUUUUACUCAGAAGAGUCACUUAAAAAGUCAUCAACUCAUUCACAGUGGAGUUAAGCCAUUCAACUGUGAUCAGUGUGGAAAGGCUUUUACUCACAAGAGUCACUUAAAAAGUCAUCAACUCAAUCACAGUGGAGUUAAACCAUUCAACUGUGAUCAGUGUGGAAAGGCUUUUACUGACAAAAGUAACUUAAGAAGUCAUCAACUCAUUCACAGUGAAGUUAAAGCAUUCAGCUGUGAUCAGUGUGGAAAGGCUUUUACUCACAAGAGUGCGUUAAGACGUCAUCAACUCAUUCACAGUGAAGUUAAACCAUUCAGCUGUGAUCAGUGUGGAAAGGCUUUUUCUCAGAAGAGUACUCUAGCAAAACAUCAACUCAUCCACAGUGGAGUUAAACCAUUCAACUGUGAUCAAUGUGGAAAGGCUUUCACUCACAAGAGUACUCUAGCAAAACAUCAACUCAUCCACAGUGGAGUUAAACCAUUCAACUGUGAUCAGUGUGGAAAGUCUUUUACUGACAAGAGUACGUUAAAAGAUCAUCAAUUCAUUCACAGUGGAGUUAAGCCAUUCAGCUGUGAUCAGUGUGGAAAGGCUUUUACUCACAAGAGUCACUUAAAAAGUCAUCAACUCAUUCACAGUGGAGUUAAACCAUUCAACUGUGAUCAGUGUGGAAAGGCUUUUACUGUCAAAAGUAACUUAAGAAGUCAUCAACUCAUUCACAGUGAAGUUAAAGCAUUCAGCUGUGAUCAGUGUGGAAAGGCUUUUACUCACAAGAGUGCGUUAAAAUGUCAUCAACUCAUUCACAGUAGAGUUAAACCAUUCAACUGUGAUCAGUGUGGAAAGGCUUUUUCUCAGAAGAUUAUGUUAAAAAGACAUCAACUCAUUCACAGUGGAGUUAAACCAUUCAACUGUGAUGAGUGUGGAAAGGCUUUUACUGACAAAAGUAACUUAAGAAGUCAUCAACUCAUUCACAGUGAAGUUAAAGCAUUCAGCUGUGAUCAGUGUGGAAAGGCUUUUACUCACAAGAGUGCGUUAAAAUGUCAUCAACUCAUUCACAGUAGAGUUAAACCAUUCAACUGUGAUCAGUGUGGAAAGGCUUUUACUGACAAGAGAAACUUAAAAAGUCAUCAACUCAUUCACAGUGGAGUUAAACCAUUCAACUGUGAUCAGUGUGGAAAGGCUUUUACUGACAAGAGAAACUUAAAAAGUCAUCAACUCAUUCACAGUGGAGUUAAACCAUUCAACUGUGAUCAAUGUGUGAAAACCUUUACUCAACAUGAACAGUUGUUGAUCCAUCAAUGCCCCCAUUCUGGUAGAAAGCGGUACCACUGUGACUCCUGUGAAAAAACUUUCAAGCACCAACAAAGCUUAAAAUGUCACCAACGCAUCCACACUGGAUAUGAUGUGUAUGUAUGUGAUUACUGUGGCAAACUAUUUGUACAGUACUCACAGUUAAAAGCUCAUGAAGUGACCCACACUGGGGUUAAACCAUACAUUUGUGACCAGUGUGGGAAACGCUACAGCUACAUUGCAAACCUCAAAGUUCACCAACGUGUCCACACUGGGGAGACACCAUACAGAUGUGACGAGUGUAAGAAGACUUUUACAACUUUGUAUUCCCUGAAACAACACCAGCAGAUCCACACCAGAAAGAAAGCAUUCAAUCAGUGUCACAGUGAGCAGAACGGAACAGAUGGACAAAACUCUCAGACUUGUCAGCACUCUGCCAAUGGUGAACAGUGCUGCUUUGACCAGUCUGGACCGACGUCCAAUCAACAAGGAACCCUACAACGACACCAGCGUAUGCACACUGGACACAGACUGAACCCCUGCCAAGAAGAUUUCUCCAUGCAGGGUUCAGUAAAAGUUCAUGAAGUCCUCCACAAACUUAAAGUCCUUGAGAUCCGGCUUCACAGAAUUCAGGUCUAAUUUCUUGUUUAGUGUCUUCGUUGCAAAAUCCAUUAAGAGGAAAGCUGUCGUUAACAGACGUGACUGGUAAAUUAAUUAAACAAUUCAAAGUGGUUACUCAUUUAAAUGAAUUAUCAGUGGCAGAGGGAUAGACGUGUGGAUGGAGGCAGUGAGCAGCAGGUAGAAUUUCCUCAAUUACCACCCUUGAAGCUGCGGUCAAUUUUCCCCUGAAAUUUCUGCUGAAGAUGUACAGAAAGUAAAUUGAAUGCUGUUCUUGAACUGUUUGGAGUACAGGCAUGGCUGGGGUCUCCUUUGAAAGCUGACAACCUGAAUUUUCACCCAGUGCAGUCAGAAGUACUCUAGGUGCUACUGACACAGAGUUAUUUAUGUUGGAACACACUGAAUUAGGAUGAAUUUUAUUUUCGCCUAAAUUUUUUCCCUAAUACAACACCUGAAAAUUAGUGUGGCAGCACUGUGACAGCUUGAAACACAACAAGGCAACAGCCUGGGGUCUUACAUAGUUCAGGACAAAAUUUCAGAGCAAUACUACAAGAAAUGAGUGUUUCACACGUUUUUGUACUAAUAUGCCCAAUUAUGUCAAUUUUGGACACCCUAUGUACACCCUGUGCAAAAAUGGUAUAUGUUCCUUUAUUAGCCCUUUUUCACAUUAUUUUCACUCCAAAAACUCAUAAAGAACUCAAAAAAUCA